AUGAUAGUAACGGAUAUGUUAAGUAUAAUUUAUACACAGGAAGAGAAAGAAAAGAAAAAGAUGAUCCAAAAUAGUAGAGACAAACAGGUAGAAGGUAAAGUAAUGAAGCAUGUAAAAGAAAAAGACAGUAAAAUGAGUUGGACAUUUGAUAAUGGCAGGGAAAAAGAGAUACAACUAGAAAAGGGGGGGGGGUGCGGUGCUAAUUAA